AUGCAACAAAACGAUCAAGUGCAACAGACCAACGAUGCGCAAAGGAAUGCAUUAAAUUUUCAAUUUUCCCCUGAAGAAUUGCAAGUUCUGAGAGAAUGCAAUCGCGAGUCAUUUUUUCAACGGUCGCUGCCAUUGGGAACGGCUAUGGGAUUCGGAGCAUGGUACGCAGUUCACAAUAAGUAUCUAAAGCCUAGCGUUAGAUUCGGUCCAACCCCUAAGAUUCUGGUGGGUGUCACGCUCGGGUAUUUUAUCGGGAAGAUAAGCUACCAAAGCAAAUGUGCCGAAAAGAUACUCCAGCUGCCCAACUCUCGAUUGGCGGAUUUAAUGCGCCAACGUCGCCAAGGAUCAUCAGGAAUGGCCGAUAAAUUCCUUCCUGACCAAGGCUUCGGUGCAUCCAGUAUGUUAACUCCUUUUGAGACCACCGCUCCACGGGAACGGCAAGCCGAUGAAUCGUUCCUUAGCAAUGGUUCGUUAAAUUUAUACUACGAUGGUCCACAAUAUUCUGGCCUAGACGACAGCGGUCGUCCAACCAUAGACUCUACGGCAACAUUCGAAGAGGAUCUUCAGCUACCGCUUGCUCCAAAAUCGUCCAAAAGCUACGAGGAACUUCGGCGGCAAAAUCGCGAAGAAUACGUAAAACGCCAGCAACAACCAUACCGGCCCGCGACCAUCCUCGAGGACAGUCCACCAGUAAGACGUGAGUUAACCGAACGCCGGAACGUACCUUCUGAGGAUCCAUCCCCCGGUCCUGGUAUACCAACGGUUAAGAACAAAUACGGUGAUGCUUGGUCGCAGUAAAACACUUCAAUGCAUUUCCUCGCGCUAUAGCUUUUUGGUAGCCUAACAAACGUACCGUAGUAAACGUAGAGGCGUCUUAAAUAUACAAAUAAAUUGUUUUUCCUGAA